AUGGCCCCCUCUGCCCUCCCCCCAACCCCAAGCCCAACCAACCCCCUUCCCCCCUCUCCCCCCCGCAUCCUGGUCCCCGAGAAGCUCUCCCCGGAGGGCCUCGCCCUCCUCCGCGCACAAGGCUACCAAGUGGACACCCCGCCGCCGCCCUUCCCGGCGUCGGAGCUACUUGCGCAGAUCGCGGGGUACGACGCGCUGGUGGUGCGGUCCGAAACGAAAGUCACCGCGGCGGUGCUGGCGGCCGCGGCCGCGGCGCCGCUGGGCAGGCUGCGCGUGGUGGCGCGCGCGGGCGUCGGCGUCGACAACAUCGACGUCGACGCCGCCACGCGCUGGGGCGUCGUCGUCGUCAACUCGCCCGGCGGCAACGUGCGCGCCGCCGCCGAGCACACCGUCGCGCUGCUCCUGGCCGUCGCGCGGAACGUCGGGCGCGCGGAUGCGGGCAUGAAGCUUGGUCGCUGGGAUAGGGGCAAGUUGGUUGGUGUCGAGGUUGGUGGGAAGACGCUUGGUGUGGUCGGGUUUGGGAAGGUCGGGAUGAAGGUUGCUAGGAUGGCGAAGGGGUUGGGGAUGAGGGUCGUGGUGUUUGAUCCGUAUGCCAGCGCCGAGGUGGCGGCGCAGGUCGGCGUCGAGGUGAGGGGCGAGUUGGAGGGGUUGUUGCCUGAGGUGGACUUCUUGACGGUGCAUACGCCGCUGCUGGCGAGCACGGCGAACUUGAUCGGGGAAAAGGAGCUGCGGUCUAUGAAGAAAACGGCGAGGGUGCUGAACGUGGCGAGGGGCGGCGUGUACAACGAGGAGGCGCUGCUCAGGGCGCUGGACGAGGGGUGGAUCGCGGGCGCCGGGCUGGACGUGUUCACGUCGGAGCCGCCGGUCGAGGGAUCGGUCGCGGCGAGGCUGGCGGCGCACCCCAAGGUGGUAAGCACCCCCCACCUCGGGGCGAGCACCGUCGAGGCGCAGGAGAACGUCUCGAUGGACGUGUGCAAGCAGGUGGUCGAGGUCCUCCGGGGCGGCCUGCCCACGGCAGCGGUGAAUGCCCCGUUGAUCCUUCCCGAGGAAUACCGCCGGCUGCAACCGUUUGUCAGACUCAUCGAGCGCAUGGGCAGCCUCUACACGCAGCAUUUUGCCGGCGCACGCGGCGGCAAGGUGGGCGGCCGGCGUUUCGAGCUCGUGUACCGCGGCGAGCUGGCGGGCGUGAGCACGACGCGGCCGCUCUUUGCCGCGCUGGUCAAGGGCCUGCUGAGCUCCAUCAGCAGCCUCGGCGGGCGGGACGUCAACAUGGUCAACGCGACGCUCCUCGCCAAGGAGCGCGGCAUCGCCAUCGACGAGAAGCACGUACGCGACGUCGGGGCGGCGCCCACGUAUGCCAGCGCCGUCACGCUGCGCAGCCUGCGCACCGAGGAGGAGGCCGGCGGCAGCUCGGCGGGAGAGCAGGUCAUCGAGGGCUACGUGAGCGGCAACGCCGUGUUCAUCUCGAAGCUGGACCGCUUCGCGGCCAACUUCCAGCCCGAGGGCACGCUGCUGGUGCUGCACAACUACGACGAGCCGGGCAAGAUCGGGAACGUCGGCAUGGUAUUGGGCCGGCACGGGGUCAACAUCAACUUCAUGCAGGUCGCGGCCUUGGAGGGCGAGGCAAAGUCGGCUCCUGUCCUGGACGGGCCUGUGGGAUCAGGGAACGCUCAUGUCGCGAACGAGGCGCUCAUGAUCCUGGGCGUGGCCGGAGACGUCACCGAGGAGGUGCUCGGGGAGCUAGGCAGGUCCGAGGGUAUCCUGGACGUCAGCCUCCUGGGAGAGAACCGCCACGCACCAUGCCUGAGAUUCCCUGGGGCCGAGAAAGGAAGAAAGAAAGUUAUGGACUUGCCGACAUUGUCAGACGCGGAAGCUGAAGGUGGCCGCAGACUUCCCGGGCCGCCCAGGGGAGGGGGACCGUCUCAGUCACCCGGGCCGCGGACACGGUCGCUUUCAGACGGAGGCGCAGGCGGAGUCGGAGUCGGAGCAGGCACACCACGGCUUUCACCCGCGCCGCACAUCAUCGAGGCCGCACGCCACCAGUCAAAGGACGACAUCGCCAUCCGUGAUUGUGACUGCGACCGUGACCGUGAUCGCGACUGUGGCUCUGAGAGGGACCACCACGAACACAGUGUGUCCUCGCUGCCCUCCACGCCUGUCCGCGCCGGGUUUCCUCUCCGGGGCCAGCAGCUGCACUUGCGGCAGCCGGCUGGCGUGCUGGACACUGCACCUGCCUCGUCCGCAAGUCAACCUGCCGGUGCCCACGUCAGAACGGUGGCGCCGCUGUCGCCGAAACUCGAGCACAUCUACGCCUCGCCUUCGCCCACGAAUUUUCUGCCCCGUCGGUCCCGUGGCUUGGACUUUUCCCGUGCGGCCACCAGCCUGCACCACUCGACUCUCGCCGACCAGGCAUCCCCCGACUCUUCACCCACCAUCGGCUCGCGCGCCAUGAACAUCCCCGGCGCCCGCGCCGCCGACUAUGGCGGCCCCGAGCAGAGCUCAACAUCGCUGUGGUCCAUGAUGGGCGACCAGGAGCGCAUGCAGAUCUCGAGUUCGUUGGGGAGCACCAGCCAGGCCAUCUUGGAUUCGUCGUCCAGCUCCGACGAUGACAUCAUGAUGGAUGAAGACAUGGACGACGCCUAUGUCACCACCCCCAGCCUGCAGAAGCUCGGCAUGCCUGCCGCCAUGGGCACCCCGUGGAUGCCCGCCUCUCCCGCCGUCAUCAAUCUGCCCAGUUUCCAGCAGCGCCAGCGCCAGCGCCAGCGGAAGCCGCCCAGGAAGAGAGUACGCGGCCCGCUGGGUUUGGGGUUCCAGUCGCCUGCUGCUCCCGGCAUCACUUCGAGGUCGCCGCCCAAUAGCUUCCUCGCGCCGAAUGACAUGUCGCCCCAUGCCAGGCGCGAGAGCAUCAGCUGGGCGGCGAACCAACUGCACAUAUCCGGCAACGAGAGCGACGACAACCACAGCCGCCAGCUGGACAGCGUCGAAAGCCCCUUGCGACCGAGCAUUGUCCGGCGCGCCGUCACGCGGCGAGGGAACCUGUUGCCCAAAACAAAGGGGUUUGCGCGUAUCCGCGCUGCCCUUGCGGAGGAGAGCGCCCCCAUUGAGGCCGAGUUCCGCCGCGAGGCCGAGGUCGUCCGCCAGGUCCGCGAGAGCGACAGGAACUUCGAGCUCCGACAGCCGCCGCCUCACUCGGUAGCCUCGACUGCGCUCUCGAGCCCUAAUCUAGCAACCCACGACAGCAUGGACGAGAUGGUGGACGACAUGAUGGUGAUAGACCCGAGCGCCAGCGCCCUGGGGCUCGCCGGGUCCUUCAAACAGCACGCCAUGAAGAACUCCAAGGGCAGGGCCUUCUGGGACACCUUCUCGGACACCAGCAGCACCGGCGGCGGCACGCAGCGCGUCACCCCUCCGCCGCCGCCGGCCGGCCUCGCGCGCGCCUCCUCGACGGGUCUCUCACUCGAGGACGUCAACAUGGACUCGCCCUCGGCCAGCUCCAACGGCGGCGCCAGCCAAACCAACCCGUUCGCCCUCCCCGGCGGCGGCACGCAAACCUCCACAGGCAGCAGCAGCGGCUCCGGCAGCGGCACCCCGCUCGGCCCAGCCACAACCACCACUCAACCCCACGCCCCGUCCCUCACGGCCCACACCACCACCCCUCUCUCGAACAGCAGGGAAGCCGCCACCACCACCCCCAGCCUGGCCGAGGUGAACCGGCGCGUGAGCAUCCUCAAGCGCUGCCGCGCCGCCGACGACGACCUGGACCCGGUCAGCAUCAAGCGCCGCGCCGUCAGCCCGGGCAUGAGCGUGCACAACUCGCCCGUCAUGCAGUCGCCGCUGCAGCGCGACGCGGCGCCGUGGGGGCCGCCCGCCGCCAGCAGCAGCGGCAGCAGCAACAGCGGCAGCGGCAGCGGCAGCGGCAGCGGCAGCAGCAGCAGCGCGGGGGGCGGCAUGGCGUCGCGGCCCGGGAGCGUCGGCGGGGAUAGCACCUCCGGCAGUGGGAGUGUCUAUGGCGGCGGCGGCGGGCGGGCUGGUGCUGCGGGGCCUGGUGCCGGCGGGAAGGGGCGGGUCGGGUUCCAGGGCAUGGCGGAGACCAAUGACGGGAUUACGAGGCUUAGUAUUGAGUGA